CUGUCCUCACCAUCUUUAUUCCCCGGUGCCGGCAUCUUUACUGUAGGCACCUGGCUGUCCGCAGUCUCUGGUCAUCUCCUGUACUGUGUCCGCAGUCUCUGGUCAUCCCCUGUACCGUGUCUACAGUCUCUGGUCAUCUGUACCGUGCCCUCUGCAGUCUCUGGUCAUCUCCUGUACUAUGUUCGCAGUCUCUGGUCAUCCCCUGUACUAUGUCCGCAGUCUCUGGUCAUCUCCUGUACCAUGUCCGCAGUCUCUGGUCAUCUUCUGUAGUAUGUCCGCAGACUCUGGUCAUCUCCUGUACUAUUUGCACAGUCUCUGGUCAUCUCCUGUAGUAUGUCCGCAGUCUCUGGUAUCUCCUGUACUAUGUCCACAGUCUCUGGUCAUCCCCUGUACUAUGUCCGCAGUCUCUGAUCAUCUCCUGUGCCACGUCCGCAGUCUCUGGUCAUCUCCUGUAGUAUGUCCACAGUCUCUGGUCAUCUCCUGUACUGUGUCUGCAGUCUCUGGUCAUCUCCUGCACCAUGUCCACAGUCUCUGGUCAUCUCCUGUACUAUGUCUGCAG